UCUAUAUAUAGAUUACAUUUAGACGAUUGUUGAAACAUGAAACAUAUUCCAAACACCGUACAUCCUGUUAUUAAGAUCAAUACAAUUUGACCAACCAUGAGUGGUUCCUUGCAAAAACGGCUUUACAGAAAACUGUGUGUUUACUUAAUAGUGCUCCAUUUAUUGACACCCGAUGUAACUGUAUCAGGUGAAGGAGUUGCUUGGUCGCUUCAAACAAAUCCGGCAGUGUUUGGCAAGGAUAUAGUAUUAGAAUGCAAACUUCCGUCUAGUACAUGCUGUGACCGAUACACUCGAAGAUGGCUAGGUGGGAAAAAUCUUCAUUUGCUGAUAAUGGAUGGUACAUCCUCGGAACCAGACAAAUACUCAGAAUUAUUUGACAAGGAAACUCGUUCAUCCAAACUAACAAUACAUAGACUUAACUCAAAGGAUGUUAAUAUACCUUACCAGUGUAUAUACGGUUUUUCGAAGGAUGUCAAAAUUCUAAAUAUGACAGAAGACCGUUUUGAAUAUUAUCCAGUCGAACCAAUUUAUGUAAAUAUUACAGUAGAGAAUGGAAAUGUCUUGCAAGUCAAUGCAGCUUUAAAGCCAGUUUUUCCACAGCCCAAGUGCAAUGCUUCCAUUGAUGAGGGAGACAUUUCACAAUCACUCAGAGUUUCCAAAAUUAUGAAAGAUCUGUUUUAUGAAGUUAUCAUACAUAUCAGAUAUACUUCCACGUCUUCAAUAUGUGCGAACUUGUUAAACAUCACUUGUCAGAUUGGAACGUUUAUGUUGGAAAUUAAAAGGAAUAUCACAUGCCGCAGUGACAGUCCAGUAAAUGAUGUGACCCUCAAACUUUUGAAAAUUGUACCUCCAAUAGUUUUGUGUAAUUUUGUAAUUAUCUGUGCCAUCAUUUGCAUCUGUAAACAUCGAAAUCGAAAAAACAUGCAGAAAUAUUCAAAUGUCACGAACAGACACGAAGACGGCAACGUUACCUGAACAUUUUUUGCCCAUUCUGUUUCACAUAGGAUAUUUAAGAUGAACGUUGAAUGUGACAUAAUAUACGCUAUUACCAUCCCUUCGACCGCAUUAUCUGAUGCAGUACGAAUAAAGCUUAUUCGUGUUAAGCGUUAAUAACAAUGGUUCUUGUUGUUGAUAUACAUUAUAGACAAUAGUCAGAUUCAUGCUAAAUGUAAAUACAACUGAAUCACAAACAUGUUAUUUUUAGUUUGAUGUUAUACAUGUUAUAUAUAGUUGAGUAAAUAUAUAUAUGUAAAAAUUUAUUUCUUACUGAAUUUUUCAAUUGUGUUAUAUGCUUAAGUUGAAUUUAUUAAGGUUUUUUCUCUAGAUCUUAAUUGUUUUUUAUUAGAAAUGAUUUGCCUGAUUUGUGACAAAUUCCUUUGAUUGAUAUAGUUUACAGGAUGUAGACUGGUCAUUUGCAUUUAGAAUUUAGAAUAUAUAAUAUUCGGAAAAUUGCAACCAAACAAUGAAAACGGGUAAAUGAUUUAUUUGCAACAAACCACGAGAAUACAUCUUAUGAUAUGUUUUACGUUUUACACUUUAUUAUAUAAAAACUAAUUUUCAUUUGAUAUUCAAGGAGUUUCGAUCUUUUUAUGUUCAGAAGACUGCCAUUACACCAAUCUGAACAUUUCGUAAUGUUAAAUUGCUUCUUUGUGAGAUUUUGUUUGGCUUUCCAAGUUUAUAUCAGUUGCUUUUCACCUUUGUGCCAAUCUUUUAAUAGUCAAUUAUUUUCCAGCUGAAUUGUACAAUUCUGAUACAGCAUAUAACACCAAGUUUUU